CGAGCCGAGCCCCGGGGCCGCCUCGUCCUUUGUGUGCGCCGGGGCACCGGGCACCGCCGGGAGCACCGGGAGCCGAGGCGGCGGGCGGUGAUAGCGGGGAGCGGGAGCGGCCCCGGGGCCCGGGGAGCCCCCGGCGGCCCCCAUGAAGGAACCGGACGCCAUCAACUCCUUCGUGGGGCAGAUCCCGCGGCACCUGGAGGAGAAGGACCUGAAACCGAUUUUUGAGCAAUUCGGCAAAAUCUACGAGCUCACCGUCAUCAAGGACAAGUACACCCGGCACUGCCACAAAGGAUGCGCCUUCCUGACCUACUGCGCCCGCGAGUCGGCCCUGAAGGCCCAGAGCGCCCUGCACGAGCAGAAAACCCUGCCGGGGAUGAACCGGCCCAUCCAGGUGAAGCCGGCGGACAGUGAGAGCCGAGGAGAGGACCGGAAGCUCUUUGUGGGGAUGCUGAGCAAGCAGCAGGCGGACGAGGACGUGCGCAAGAUGUUCGAGCCCUUCGGCACCAUCGACGAGUGCACGGUGCUGCGCGGGCCCGACGGCACCAGCAAAGGCUGCGCCUUCGUCAAGUUCCAGAGCCACGCGGAGGCCCAGGCCGCCAUCGCCGCCCUGCACGGGAGCCGCACGCUGCCGGGCGCCUCGUCCAGCCUGGUGGUGAAGUUUGCGGACACGGAGAAGGAGCGGGGGCUGCGGCGCAUGCAGCAGGUGGCCAGCCAGCUGGGCAUGUUCAGCCCCAUCGCCCUCCAGUUCGGCGCCUACAGCGCCUACACGCAGGCGCUGAUGCAGCAGCAGGCGGCCCUGGUGGCCGCGCACUCGGCCUACCUCAGCCCCAUGGCCACCAUGGCCGUCCAGAUGCAGCACAUGGGCACGGUCAACCCCAACGGGCUCAUCGCCACCCCCCUGCCACCCUCCUCAGGAACCAGCACCCCCCCGGCCAUGGCGGCCACCCCCGUCCCGGCCAUCGCGGCCCCGCUGAGCGUCAACGGCUACAGCCCCGUGCCCGCGCAGCCCGCGGGACCCCCCGCCCCCGACGCCGUCUACGCCGGAGGGGUCCCCCCCUUCCCAGCCCAGAGCCCCGCGGCCCCCGGGGACCCCCUGCAGCAGGCGUACGCUGGCAUGCAGCACUACACUGCCGCGUACCCGGCCGCCUACGGGCUGGUGAGCCCGGCCUUCGCCCCCCCGGGACCCCUGCUCGCCCCCCCGCCCCCCCCACAGCAGCAGCAGCGUGAAGGCCCCGAGGGCUGUAACAUCUUCAUCUACCACCUGCCCCAGGAGUUCGCCGACACCGAGAUCCUGCAGAUGUUCCUCCCCUUCGGCAACGUCAUCUCCGCCAAGGUCUUCGUGGACAGGGCCACCAACCAGAGCAAGUGCUUCGGCUUCGUGAGCUUUGACAACCCCGCGAGCGCCCAGGCCGCCAUCCAGGCCAUGAACGGCUUCCAGAUCGGGAUGAAGCGGCUCAAGGUGCAGCUCAAGAGGCCCAAAGAUGCCAACCGGCCCUACUGAGCCUGGUCCAGAGGCUCCGGAGCAGCACCUUUGGGUGCCCCCCCAUUGCAGAGCAGCCCCCCCAAACCCAGCGGUGCCCAGGGGGGCGGGGGGGGGGGGCUCGGUCCUGCUGGGGGGGGGGCCCCAGACCCCCCCACGCUCAGGAAGGAUGGACCCCCCCUCCAGGCCCCACCCGACCCCCCCAGUCCAUCCCAGUCCAGCCCAGUGCAGGGUGCCAGUGCCCCCCCCACAGCAGCCACAUCCACUCCGUUUUUGGGGGGGCCGUGCCCACCCUGGGGGACCCCAAAAGGACCCCCCCCCCCUCCCA